CGCUCUACUAACCACUCCUCAACGCCAACAGUAUUUUCUCAAGAGCCUUGCAAUCUUGUACUGUCUGUCUGACUUCAGCUCUCCCGCACUUAAUACAUGACAGUCGCUUGAACAAAACACUAUAUUUUGCACGACCCUCUUCUUUUCGUUGGCCUCUACAUCAUCAAUUUCCACAGGAUUCGUCGGUCGCAUUAAAUGCCGCAGCACGAACCGACAAUAUCCCAAGCGCAAGCAUCACCGAUUGUCCAUGGAGUGAAUAUCAGUCCAAAACUUCAAUGUCAACAUUGGUCUUCAGAUCUCGAUAUUAUUGCCAUCCGGCACAAAUGCUGCAUGGAGUACUACGGCUGUAUCAGCUGCCAUGAAGAGUUAGCAGAGCAUCCCAAUCAAGUCUGGCCCAAGGCAGAACAGCAUGAGUUGGCCGUCCUGUGCGGCAACUGUCACCUGGAACUGACAAUUGCAGAGUAUCUCUGGAGUGGUAACCGGUGUCCUGGAUGUGAUGCUGGCUUCAAUCCGGGAUGCAGGAACCAUUAUGAUCUGUACUUUGAGGUGUAGCCAUGGGAGGCUUGAACGGUCACACGACUCGCAAAGCGGGUCACCUUCUACGUGAACCUGCGACUGCCAUGUUAUCAAAACGCCGAAUCACGAAUCUCUAGUAUAAAUGCUUUAUAUGCUCGAGCUAUGAGUGCGUGUGGGCAAUAGUUGAACAUAUGGAUAGAGAUUAGGCCAAGCAAUCAAUAGAGCGACUAUGAAUUCAGUUCUCCUGAUAGGCCGUCUUACUCAGACUUACUACAUCGUUGGGUCACACGUCCAUUUCGCCAAAGGAUAAAGGUUCAUCAAUAAGAACACUGUAUAAACAUGUUGCCAUAC